AUGGCCAGCCUCAGAAAUAUCAUGAACGUCGACGACGAUCAUGUUGAAUCGCACUCCUUAAAGCCGAGAGAGUCGGCGCCGACAUGUCCUCCUCAUCCCGCGCCCUCCGUCACCGCCUCGGGUUACGCCACCGCGGCAGUCCUAUCCGUCGCGACCACCUCAUCGCCGGCUACGGCAGCAAGGAGCCAUCGGCAUAGCCCCCCUUCCUAUUCUCUGCAACGGCUGGGCAUCGACCCGUCGUCGUCGUCGUCGCCCUCGCCGUUUCCCCCGGCUCGCCCUACGCCUCGCGUCGAGUCCGAUCGGCGCCAGAGCACCGCAAGCAUCGACUCGAUGGAUUCACAUUACCGGCAUGGCCACAACCACAGCCACGGCCAUGGCUACAGCCGUUCUCAUGGUCGCGGACACUCCGUGGGAUCAUAUCCCAGCGCCCCCAUGAGACCUCUUGUCUCCGGCGAAGACUCGCCGUUGAAACUUACACCGAUCACGGGCAGGGUGAGUCGGGCCAAGAAGGGACUUGCUGUGCACGUUUGCGAAAUUUGUCGCCCCCCCAAGACUUUCACCCGUGCCGAACAUCUGAGGCGUCAUCAGUUGAGCCAUACGCCUCCAGAACUUGCCUGCGAGGUUCUCGGCUGCGACAAGGUAUUUCAUCGCAGAGAUCUGCUCGAACGACAUCUUCAGAAACAUGAUCAUGGUGGAAAACGCAGCAAGGUCACCACCCCCCGCCAAGGAACGUCGGCCCGCCCUCGUGGGUCGAAGAGCCCCGGCCAGGUCUCGCAGGGAAACUCGCCACCACAGUCCAUGCUGCCGAUGCCUCACUCUCUGAGCAGUCCCCCCCCUCCCGCCGGUUCCAAGCCGGAUCCAUCUCAUCGAGCCAUGGCCAUGGCACCUGGGCGCUGGUCGACGGGACAGUCGACACCCCAGCUGCGAGAGGUGCGUGAUGAGCUCGGCGUGGGGGAGGUGAAGACCGAAUACAUCAUAGAUUCUAUGCCGAGUAUGCAAUCCGCCGCAGCCAGAACAACCUCUGGGUACUCGCAACCUCGCACCGCACCCUCCACCGGACUUGGGCUUAUUAAUUCCAUUCCGGGACUCUGCGUAUCCAACGUUACCCAUCCGUCCAUUGCUUGGCAGGGAAACCCGGUCUUGUCGAGCUAUUCUGCGCCGCCUUCAAGCGUGUCACGGGCCCAGCUAGCACCGGCUCCGACUCCGAGUCCGGGCUGGAACCGAUCCCUCGCCCACCCCAUCGUCGCGAGGAGUGCGCCAAGUCCUGCCGUGGGCAGCGGCAGCUAUCCUAUUCCCUUUGGCUUUGCCGUUUCUACGACGCAAACCUACCCGUCGAUGUACGGAGACGGGUCCGGCAUCCCCCUGUCGGGGUAUGACGAAGUCAUCUACGGUUCCGCCGGUCCAAACGCCGCUGUUCGUAGCCUAUCCCCGCAGCUGGCCCUGGGUCCAUCAUCCGAGACUCUAGUGACCACGCCCUCUGCGCUUCCGUCGGACCGGGUGGUCAACCCGAUGGCUUGCGGUCGUCAGCCGGAGUCGGCGUCUGCACUUUCGGAUCUGCUACCCGCAUCAUUGAGCAGCGAGGUCCGCAGCCGGUUACCAGUUUAUAUUGACAUAUAUUGGGCAAGAGUCCAUCCGCUGUAUCCCAUCAUCCACCGGGCCACCUUUGCGAAGGAGUCUGGCAUGGAUGCGGAACACAUGGAUGUGCUUCGUUGUUCCAUGGGCGCCGUGGCUACACAGUUCCUGCAGCAUAGGGAACACCGCAUUGCCGGAAGUCUGCUGCACUCUUACGCCUCGCAGAAAUCCGUUACGCUCAAGUCAACACACCUUUCUCUAUCAGUCAUGCAGGCAACUCUUUUAUGUGAAUAUUACGCUCGCUUCCGAGGCCGCAGCAAAGAGUCGUAUCGCCCUUCGCCUCGAUUCGAUGCCCUCUGUCAAAUGGUCGCCAAUGGUCAACCCGCCUGGGAUUCUGUUGCCGUCGGCUGCGAUAAUUUCCAGAAGUGGGAGCGCUGGAUUCGGGUAGAGUCGUGCCGAAGACUUCUCGCCGCUUGCUUCAUUCUUAGCGUCGGCGGCAUCUGGUAUUACGAACAGCCGUUUACUUCGGUGCUCGGACUCGAUAAUUUCUCGCCCAUGAUGCUAUCUAUUCCGCUAUCUGCGAGCACACAACAGGCUUGGGAAUCGGAGAGUGCUGCUGCUUGGGCUAGCAUUGACCUCGCAGGGACGAGGCUACGGACCGUGGGUGAGGCCCUGCAGGAGGUGGUCUCUCCGUCGAGCGUCGCAUCCAUGCCGCUGUUUGACGCUUCGCUCCUCCUUGCCGCGCAAGCGCUUCAGCUACCUCGAAGACGAAACCCGACAGAAAUCGAGUUGGUGGAAGAUGCAUCGUGCAUCGACAUCCAUGACAUGACUAUUCCUAGGAUGCUCCCAUGGUCUCCGGGAGCGUAUACAUACAUGGCGCUUCACUACACACCACUGCACUGGCUGCUCUCAGUCUCCGGUGAUAGCUGGGCCUUCAACAAGAAGAUUUCCCAAGUGAGCACGUUCACCGAGUAUAAGAAGAAGCUGGGCAAGUGGCAGAAAUCUGGGAGCGCCGCCAUUGCUACAGUGUUUGCUGCCAAAGCCCUCAAGAUAUCCCUCAACUUGGGGCCGGACCCGCGUCGCGAUGACAACGCAACUCUGGCGUUACCACCCGCCGGUGCGCCGUGGGUGGACAUUUCCGAUUUUUGGGGCAUCUACGUUUGCGCCCUUGUUUGCUGGGCCUUUGGCCACGAGGGCAAACGCAACGUGGCAAAGUCAUCUCGAGGCGCCGCGGUGGGAUGGCUCCUGGCGGUGGCAGAGAUGGAGCCUGGAGAACUCCAGGGUCUUUCGGGGCGCGAAGAGUCACAAGGGGUUGUCGGUGUCGUGCAUGAUGUCUUGAGCAGAGAUUGCCUGGGUGGGCGAAGCAUCCUGUACUCUGACGCUGUUGGCGUUUUACGGAGGCUGGAAGAGGUCGGCAAUUGGAAGUGGUUCUAG